ACGGUAGAAGGGCGGCCAGGUAGGGAAAGAUUCAGUGUUAGGCCACACGCCGACAGGGUGCAAGAUAAGUAUAACUCCUCAAUACUAUUCACCUUGGUCCUUGAGCAUUAGUAUGCAAAUUUCUUCUGCUAUCAACAAAAUUGGUGUCGAGCUACCUAGUCAUGGCAGCGCCGAUCUCUCUUGGGACCUGCACUGGUCGAAGGAUAUAGAUGAUGGCUUCGCCAUCGCGCAGGCUUUUCUCGAAGACUGCGAGAGCAGCGAUAAGGUGGGUAAUCAAAAAGAUUGUCUGAUACGGAACUAAAUUCGCAAAGGGGUCAGCGUCCAUGGACUUAGACAGUGAUAUAUGCGGUCCUUCCGACAAUGACUAUGAUGUGCAACCUAUGAUCGAGAAUGAGGGUGAAGACUGCCCCGAUAACGCUAGGAACAAGACAUCCGCAGAUUCAGCUCCCGUGCCAGUCAUAUCGCAAGCUCCUCCACCCGCAGAUGUUCUAUACCUUACAAAGGGGGAUGGUGUUCGAAACCUGAGUCCCAGACCAGUGGACGGUGCAAAGCCGUGGAGGCAGCUAGCUCGCGUAAGUUCUGCUCCACUCGAAACAUGGGAUAUCCAUCUUGGGGAUAUAGUCCAGGUGUGUCUGGAGAAAGACAGGAAAAGUUACGCCAAGAUAUCUGAGAUAAGGCGCUUGGAUGAUGGGCGUUAUGUGGUCGUGUAUACGUGGCUGUAUAGGCGCGAAGAGGUUCAAGCGGAAUUUGAGACAGACGGUAUCAUCCCAAGGCUCCUCCGUAGGAACUUGGAUAAGCGAUGGCCGGCCGAUGCCACAUUCCAGUAUAUGCUGAGUACUAAUCGCACCAUCACGCUCUGGGACACUGCAAUUUCCCGAGCCCCAAGAGACGUGGUCGAAUCAGUCUGCCACAGUUCUAUCUAUAGUACUACGCCCUCAACCCGUUAUAUUUGGAGCGUGAACAGCCCUCGUUUUAAAUGGAUGAAAAAGAUCCAUGAUUUGGGGACCUAUUCUACCAUUUGAAACAAUAGCUGUCAUUGUAAUGCUUAUCUAUCAGGUAGUUCUAUGCAAUUACCCUAUCAUGAUACAUGCCAAUUCAUUUCAACCGACGUAGCUGAGAAGGCGGUAACAGAAAAUUUAAGUGUGUCGCAAAAACAUGAUGAGACAAUACCGUGGUCCUCUCCUGCAUACCGCAAGGACAAUCACUGAAUAUUUUAUUGUGCAAGUGCUGUUCCCAUAAGCGACGGACGUUGAUACGCCAUUGUCGAUGUGAUGCAGCCCACGCAGCCAGGUGGUCUUGCGAGAGGAUCCAAGCUUCGAGUGCGGUGUCCAGUUUCCCACUGCUCAAACACACAUCCAGGCAGCGUUCGAACCAGUCAUAACAGACACUACGAGCUUCAGAUGGCAGCGUCUGAUCCAACUUAUGCAGUAGAUAUGACGCAAUCGCGGUGAGAGACUCGGAGGAUGUGAAGUCCUUCGCAACGAGGAAACCUCCUUGUAAGGUAAAUGUGGCAUGGAUGCAGCCUGCCGGUAUAUAGAUGGCAUGGGAUGCGGUUGUCGGCACUAUCACCCCUCCUUCCAAUUGAUGCAUAAUCCGCAUGAGCUUUGCUCGUUGGCUGUCUACCAUCUUCAUAGCCCUCAGGUUGGCUUCCGA